AUGACAGGUUUGCUGAAGAAACAUGGCAUCAUUUACAAGGUGGCGACGGCUUACCAUCCCCAAACCAAUGGGCAAGCUGAGGUAUCUAAUAGAGAGAUCAAGCGCAUAAUGGAGAAGAUUGUCAAACCUCAUAGAAGAGACUGGAGCUUUAGACUUGGAGAUGCGCUAUGGGCUUAUCGGAUUGCAUAUAAAACACCCAUCGGCAUGAGUUCGUUCCAUCUAGUCUAUGAAAAGGCUUGCCACUUUCCGGUAGAGGUGGAACACAAAGCUUACUGGGCUGUAAAGGAAUACAACUCAGGAUUUGGAGGAGCCGGGAUUGAAAGAAAAUUACAACUGGAGGAAUUAGAGUGCCUUCGACUAGAAGCGUAUGAAAACUCAAGGCUCAACAAAGAAAAGCUAUCAUCUAUUUAA